GCAAAAGUAGAGAUUAGGAAUUAAACAAUGUCCAUUUGUAGUCCAUGACUUGUAGCAAGUAUAUAUGUGUGAAGAUUAGCAUUCCUUAACUAUUUUAUAUAUAUAAGAAGUUGGCGUGUAAUAUUCUGAAAGUGAGUCCGUGAGUGAAGAGAGAGAGAGAGAGACAAAGACAGAGAGAGAUAUUGAAUCAUCCUAGAUCAAACCUCGUCCUCCUCCUCUGUUUCUUUGAGUCUCUCAAAAGCUCUGAUCGAUUUAGAGUGAAAGAUUGAGAAAGCUGCUUAAUUUGAUCAUUCGAUCGAAGAAGACGAGGGUGGUCGAGAUUCGUUCGAGGGGUUAUUGAUUCUUGUUCUGAAUUGAAUUGGAGAGAUGGCGGAGGAGACAUUAACACAGAAACUAGAGAUCAGCUGGUGUAAUGUUGUACUGACUGUUCCAAGCAUAUGUCAAGGACUCAUGAAUAAUGACACUAGUGCUUCAGAUCAUAGAACUCCAAGUGUUGUGUUGGAUAUUGAGAGCCUUGCACAAUCUUCAGAUUUCUGCUCAGGGAGCCCCAAAAUGACUAGGGCACUCUCGCGGAAAUGGUCUUAUCGAGCAGAGAGAUCGAUUAACACUGAUCAGGAGGAAGACACAGAUCAUGAACCAACAAAGAAACUUCUAGUGAAAGUGAACUCUCAGUUGGAGACCUUGAAGCCACCAUUGAUCACCUCAAAAUCAUUGCCGUCAACCUCACCUACUCUAAUGGGUACUAAUCUGCUGGAUACAGGGGAUGGACGGAGCAAGAGGUUUAAUCGCUUUAUGACCAUCAACCCUCGGAAGAUCCUUCUCAUAUUUGCAACCAUGUCCAGUAUGGGCACAUUAAUCUUGAUAUACUUCACACUCGCCAUUAACCGGACAGUUUGAAAGAUACAUUGAUCGAUGGAGCAUACAUAGAUAUGAAAUUGAAGCGUAUUCUCUAAGUAAUUUUGUGCUGUACUCUUUCUUGGUGGCUGUGCUGGGGAUAACAACCAUUAACUCCAUGAAUUGAUGAUCCGUCCUGCAGUACUCAUGUGUCUAAGUCUAACGGUUGAUCUCUCUCUGUCAGUUAACAUCAGAUAUCAUCAUAUCAGUGCUGUUAAUGUCACUGGCACCCAAAUCAAAAUGGGGAUUGGUCCAGCUUUUCCGGCUCACCAAGCAGUUUUUCAUUUUGGUGCCUGCAGAUACAAUUGGUUCAGUACAUACCUUCAUCUCCUGCAACUAGAUGUUAAUGUGCAUGCAUUGCUCCAAAGCUACUUAGCUAGCUAGUUAAUUUUGUUGUGGUUAACUCUUGUUUACUUUUAUUUUCUCAAUGUUUAUGAAUCCUUGUUCUCGAAGCAAGGGGUUUUGUGCAUCGAAAAGUCUGAUUUCUCAGUCUCAUUUCAAGGUGUUACAACAUUUAAAACCAUUCCAAAUCUCCAACAGUAUGAGAUGACUGAUAUCUUGAGAGAUUAUUGUAUAAACAGCUGUUGUUUGAUAUGCGGCCAAAUCUGUGUGUUUUUUUAUUAUUU